AGGUCGCUCGCAUCCAUCCAAUCAGAGCCAGUUUUACAUACCCGAGCGCAUCCGGUGCUAUAAAACUGACCACGAGUUGGCACUGCAAGCGAGAGUCCAUCUUGGAGAGCGGUUCUUUCACCUCCGAUAUUUUACCGUGAUCCUAAACUACCACAAUGGCCGACGCAGAGCAGCAGUUCAUGGAGACCUCCGAGAACGGGAACGAGGAGAACGGCAACGGAGCGGAAUUCACGGAGGCCGCGGCGGACGAUGAGAACGGAGGCGGCGAGGGAGGACAGAUCGACGCCAGCAAGGGCGAUGAAGAUGCCGGUAAAAUGUUUGUUGGAGGGCUCAGCUGGGACACCAGCAAGAAAGAUCUCAAGGAUUAUUUCUCAAAGUUUGGGGAGGUGACCGACUGCACCAUCAAGAUGGAUUCAAACACCGGCCGGUCACGAGGGUUUGGAUUCAUCUUGUUCAAAGAUCCAGGGAGCGUUGACAAGGUGAUGCUGCAAAAGGAACACCGACUUGAUGGGCGACAGAUCGAUCCUAAGAAGGCAAUGGCCAUGAAGAAGGAGCCAGUGAAGAAAAUAUUCGUUGGUGGCCUAAACCCUGAAACCACUGAAGAGAAGGUCCGAGAAUACUUUGGGGCCUUUGGAGAGGUGAGUUUUGAUUUUUGUUUUGUGAACGAGUCCACAUGUCUAGUCUUGUGGCUUUAUAUUAAUGGUGUGUUUGAUUUGCAGAUCGAAACUAUGGAACUGCCAACUGAUCCAAAGACAAGCAAAAGGAGGGGCUUUGUUUUCAUCACCUAUAAGGAGGAAUCUGCAGUCAAGAAAAUCCUUGAAAAGAAAUACCAUAAUGUUUGCGGAAGCAAGUGUGAGAUUAAAGUCGCUCAGCCUAAGGAGAUCUACCAGCAGCAGCAGUACGGGAAUCGUGGAGGCUAUGGAGGUCGUGGCAGGGGCCGUGGGGGUCAGAACUGGAACCAGGGAUAUAACAGCUACUGGAACCAGGGCUAUGGCAACCAAGGCUACGGUGGCCAGCAGGACUAUGGCGGUUAUGGUGGAUAUGGCAACUAUGACUAUUCCUCUGGCUAUUAUGGCGGGUAUGGUGGAUAUGACUACAACCAGGGAACUCCAAGCUAUGGGAAAACACCCAGACGUGGAGGCCACCAGAGCGGCUACAAGCCAUACUGAUCACAUGUAGAACAGGACUGAAGUAUCUUCAAACCAAGAGUGUGACGCGUGACAACAGCAGGUCUCACAGACAUGGACUCUUUUACAGGAUAAGAUCAUGAUCCAUUUGUACAGAACCGACUAAUAGGGGAAGCAAUGUCACACUUCCACAUUUUUAUUUUUGUUUUAUUUUCCUUUGUCCACGUGCAUUUCCAGAGUUGGAAGUGUUAUUUUUACUGUACUUUUUGGUACCUUUUUUGAAUAAUGUAUUGUAUGGUUGUAUUUUACUUGUCUACUGGAUUUACCACAUGAGGUUCGGGAGCUGCCAGAGCUUUUGAAAUAAAACAAUUUUGAGUAAUUUUCCCAGUGUUUCCAUAUGUUUACUACGCUUGUAUUUGCUUAUUUCUGUUGCAUGGGUUCAAACCUGCAUAGAAUAGAAGGUAGUUUUUGAUAAGUAUCACUGCAGUAAUCUGAUGUCAGCAUUUUGAUAAUUCUGGAAGUUAAUUUGUUUGCUUGGAUUUUUUUUUUUUUUUAAACCUGCCGUGGUUGUAAUGAAGCUGAAGCGUUUUGUGGACGCUAGUGAACCGAUGUUUCUCACAAAUCUCAUUCCUAUAGUGUUGGUAGAAAUAAAUGAUUUGUAAGAUU